AUGGCUGCGUUGGAUCACGAUCGAGACUUCAAAAUGACAGCGCUCGUCCAUAUUGUAACCCCGAUUGGGAUGUUGGGCUAUGGGAUCAAUCAAGAUCACCUUAAUCAGGGACUGAAAGAGACAGUCCCCAGCGGUGUUCCAACUGCCAUAAUUCUCGACUCCGGCUCGACAGAUGGAGGCCCCAACUGCUUGGCCUUGGGAGUGAUGACAUGUGCACGUUCGAAUUACAAGCGUGACCUGACAAAGAUUCUGGCAUCGGCCCAUCAAUUCAAAGUCCCAGUUCUCAUUGGGUCUGCCGGUGGUGACGGCAGUGACGAGCAUGUCGAGGAGAUCCUACAAAUAGUGGAGGAAAUUGCGGCAGAACCAGGCAAUGACUUUGACUUCAAAUCGGUUACCAUUUUCGCCAGUGUUCCCAAAGAGCUCGUUUCUCGUCGCCUAGCGGAAGGAGCAGUUUUUGGAUGUGGACGUGCUGUCCCACCAGCGUCACAGAAAGAUAUUGACGAUGCUCCACGCAUUCUCGCCCAAAUGGGGCCCGAACCCUUUGUCAACGCAAUGCAAGAAAACCCUGAUUUCAGCCUGGUCAUCGGAGGAAGGGCGUAUGACCCGGCGCCUUACGUUGCUUUUGCCGAUUACUGGUUUCAGAAACACAUUCCAGACCCAGACUCUGAGCAAUACAGCAGGCUCCUUGGAGCUUUCACACAUAUGGGAAAAAUAAUGGAGUGUGGGGGUGUCUGUGCUGUCCCGAAGUCUGCUGGUGCAGUCUCGACCGUCUACCUGGAUGGAACAUUUGAUGUUCGCCCGUUGGACCCUCGCUGCAAGUGCACUUCGUUGUCCGUGGCUGCACAUACCCUUUACGAGAAGACCAGGCCCGACAUUCUGCAUGGUCCUGGAGGGUAUCUUGACCUGCAAGCAUCGAAAUACGAGGAGCUCAGCGAUGGAAGAACUGUUCGGGUCCGUGGAGGGAUAUUUCGCACAUCAAAAGCGCUAGGCGUCCCCUACACCGUCAAGCUCGAGGCGGCGAGGCGUUCUGGGUUUCGGUCAUUGUACAUGGGAAGUGUGAGAGAUCCAACUCUCAUCAGACAACUUGAUGAAUUCCUGCUGCGGAUCAAAGCAUAUGUUGCUCAAAAUCAGGUAGAUCCGGGCAUGUGGAAAUUAGGGUUUCACACAUACGGCAGGAGCGGUCGAGUCAAGGGGCAGAAAGUCGACCUUCUACCAGAUGAAGUCUUCAUUGUUGGUGAGGCGUUGGCGGAUACCCAAGCGCUGGCAACUUCAGUGUGUGAUACAGCUCGGGUUGCUACCAUUCACGGUGCAUAUCCUGGACAGAAGGCCACAAGUGGUAAUUUUGCAUUUGGAAUUGUGGGUGCAAAAGUUAUUGAAAUGGGCUCUUGUCCUGAGUUCUGCCUCUACCAUCUCAUGGAACUCCAACCGGGUGAGGAGUCGGCCGCACUGAUCCAGGUGAAACGCGAGCCAGACGUGAUAGCGGUAAAUACUCCAGAAUUAAGCACGAAUGUGCCUGUAUUUCGGUGGCGAACUGAACGCGUCGGAAAGGCAGUGGGACUCGCCGACAGCAGUACACAGCAACAAGACAUAUCCCCGGAGAAAGGAUCUGACGAGGUUCGGGUACCCGCGGUAGUGAAGGCGGAAAGUGAAAUCACUCGAGGUCUUCGACAUCUCCGUGCCCACGCCACUCUGGCUGAUGUAGCAAGUGUUUUGCGGUCCAAAAACUCGGGUCCAUUUGAGAUCACUUUUGAUGUGAUCUUUGAGAGCGAGCAAGUGUAUCGCAUUAUCAAGGAAAGCCAAAUAUUGAGCAGCAAGCUCAUCGAGGAUCUUUAUGACCUUAAGCCAGAAGAUGUGCUCUGGUGUGGCUGGUUCGAUCAAGCCAGAGCCUGGAAAGCCACAAUACCGCGAAAGAGGCACGGAAUAUCCAUGGCUGGUGGAGGGUUUAUGGAGAAUGAUAUCCACGGCUCACAGCAGUACAUUCCUCUCUUGCACGUGGAGCUGCCUGAAGAAGUUCUCGGACCGCUGCAGCAAGCUGGCGAAGGUGCAAAACACGUAAACUUGUAA